CAGCGCAAGGGCGGACCCGCAUCCCAUUAGAUAAUAACAUGCAUCAGUGACGGCAAGGUACGCGCAUUAUUAACCAGAGAUAGAGGAACCGGUGCCAGUGGUGGACCGGCAGCCGUGAAGGGAGGACACGAAGCUUGGGUUGUGUUAAAGCACAUCAUGGACAGCGAGAAAGUACUACCAGUGAUCGACCUUGGGCUGGCGAAGGGCCCCACGCGGAGUGCCCUUGUGAAGCAGCUGCGGGACGCCCUUACCACCGUGGGCUUUAUCUACCUUACGGGCGUGGAGGGCUUCGACGAGGUGGAGCUGCUUAGACUCACCAAAUGGUUCUUCAGUCUGCCGAUGGAGAGGAGGAUGGCCAUCUCCAAGAAAUCCUUCAACCCUCAGAGUGCCCACGAGUACCGAGGCUUCUUCCCCGUCAUCCCCGGUGCUGUGUCUCAUAAGGAAGCCUUUGAGAUCGGGCCGCGGAAGGAGGAGGGGACCAAGAUGCCUCAAGAUUCCAUCGCUGCCAAGAUUUUCUGUGAGGAUAACCAGUGGCCUGAGGAAGACACCGAGAUGGGGAGACAUUUCAGGGCUUGGAUGGAGAACUACCACUUCAUUAUGACAGAGACUUCACUUGAAAUUUUGCGCCUCAUUGCGGAAGGUUUCGGGGCUCCAAGUGACUUCUACACGUCGAUCUUCAGCCCCACGAACACCAGCCUGUCCACCCUGCGCCUCAUCCACUACCCAGCCCGUCCCAACCCGCCUGAGAGUGCUCGUGAUGGUGACUACGUCAUCCAAACGGCAGAACACCAUGACUCUACUAUGGUUACACUCCUGGCCACCUUCCCGGAGUACCCAGGGCUGCAGGUGCGCUGGUGGCAGGACAACUCUAUUAUUGACGUGCCCCACAAGCCAGGCCACCUUGUCAUGAACAUCGGGGACCUCCUCUCGCAUACCACGGGGGGCAAACUUAAGGCCACCAAACACCGCGUUGUAGACAUUUGUGGUGAUAGGCUCUCCGUUCCGUUCUUCUUUGAGCCGAGGUUCGACGCCAAUGUAAACGUGGCACUGCCUGGAGAGACCCUUCAGGACACCACUACCAGGAACUACGGGCCCUGGCUGUUUGAGAAAAUAUCCAAGUGGGCAGAGUACAAGGAUUUGAUUAGGAGGUUGAGUGAGAUGGAAAAGAGCGAGACAAAGGACGGCCAGAGUAUGUAGAGGAGGAGAGGAGGGUGUAGUCAUGAUGUGUAAAGGAGAAGAGGAAGGUGAAGGGAUAGUAGAGGCGGAUGGGAAGGUUUGAUAAGAAGGGUGAGUGAGAUGGAAGGGAAAGACGCGAGGAAGGAGGGGCAGUGUAGAGAAGAGAGGAGGAUGGCGCAUGGAGGUGGAAAGACAGACUGACUAUGGGAACUACCUUCUGCCAGUAAUGUUCAAGCACUGAUAGUUUGUUUGUGUUUUAUUUUUAAUUCGUGAUCUACACAAUGAAUGAAUGAAUGAAUUAAAUGAAUGAAAUGAAUAA